AUGGCAUUCGAGGACGACGAUGAGGCCAUGUCUGGCCGGUCCGGUGGUGAAGAGGAUGGCCAGCCGCAGUCCAAGAAGAGGCGCACGAAUUCGGGAGCGAACGGCUGCGAUACAGACGUCUUGUCGCAAGAAGAAGGCGCGCUGUUCAAGGCGGCAGCCAUGUUCGGCCUGUAUGUUGAAUGUUUAUAUGACGAUAAGAGAUCCAAACCAGGACUGCGCACCGGUGCCGUAGAAAGCCUCAGUCAGCGAGUUGCAACUCUUGAGAAUAUGUUUCUCGGUCAGGGGGUUCUCUGGCAACAAGUCUUCAACGCCCUGAGCACCGCCACUAACUCCAAAGCCGCCAGCCCGAGCUUAUGCGACUCCCCGAAUCACUCUCUCAGCGAGACGACUUUGUCUUUGAAAAAUACGUUGGCUACUCUUGCCGCUGGCGGAGAGCCAGCCAUGGCGACGUUGGCUGCCCGUGCGAAGAACGCAACUAGGCAGAAGGAGGCACCCGAGGGACACACGCGUGCCAAGGACAAACUCGACUCUGUUUUCGAUGACAGUUUGCUCCCUGAGGCCGAUCUCGUCGACAAUCUUGUUGAAGUCUACUUUGCUAACAUUCACCCCUGGAUACCGAUGCUUCACGUCCGUCAGUUUCGCGAGAGAAUGCAGGAUGCCGAGCAGCGAUCACAACUCAUCACAAUUUUCCAUGCCAUUGUGUCCCUAUGCGCCAGGUUCUCUCAGGAUCCCCGCCUGGGAUCUUCGGAAGAGAAGAGUCGUUACGCCAAGAGAUGUCGUCAGUUUGUCAUCUUGAACAGCAUGGAAUCCUUCUCCGUGGAGAACUUGCAAGCACUGACCAUUAUUGCUUUCGACACGAUUGGCAGUGGCAGAGGGCCAUCUGCAUGGUCGAUUGUCGGCAGCAUGACCAGAACGGUGGAGCAAUUGCAGCUCAGCGUCGAGGACGAAGACCAGGCACCAGCAUUAAAGCAUCUGAUCAAACGAAUGGAGUUCCUCCCUCCGUGCCGCUUCUGGAGUGAGAGGGAGGAACGGCGUCGAGUGUUCUGGAAUAUCUUCCUCAUGGAUCGGUUCUGCAGCAUUGCCACUGGAUGGAACUUUUCUUUGACCAGUGCAGACGUCAAAAGACGCCUGCCGUGCGAAGGGGCUUUAUGGGAAGCCGGUAAGCCUCUUGAAACACCGACGCCAUAUUUUGGUGUUGCAGACCAGUCAAGCGGAGCCAGCGGGACACUGCCGACAGCUCGACCUGAAGAGGCGGCUCAGGAUUCGUUGGGAGGCUUUGCAUAUUGCAUCGAGGCCACCGAAAGCCUGAGUCUGGUCACGUCUUUCUUCCUUCAGCAAGCUAUUGAUGUUUCCAAGCCACAUGAGAUUCAGGUCUGGCUGAUGAAGUUCAAACAGCUUGACUUACGCCUAGUCCAGUGGAAGAUAUUCUUACCCGAGCAGUGGCGCGAGGCAUGCGUCCUCAACAGCGAUGGCAUCAUGGAUCCCAACUUGACGCUGGCGCACAUAUCGCACAACUGCGCCGUUGUUCUCCUCCAUCAAGGCAUCGCAUACCCCUUGCCCGAAUGGCAAGCCACCGGCAUCCGACUGCCCUCCGGCUCGAGUGCGGAAACGUGUCUUGCGGCAGCGACAGAAGUCGCGAUUAUAGCCGAGAAGUUCCUGCAGGAUUCUCAGCACGUCGUCAGUCCGCAGUUCGCCUUCUGCUUCUUCAUUUGCGGGCGGAUGUUCCUGGCACACUCGAUCUACUACAGCGUGGUCCUCCCAGGUGGCUUCGACUCACUGGUGGGUAGUCUGCGGAUUAUCGCUAAAAGAUGGAACGGGCCCGGUGAUACAUCAGAGAACCUGGCAUCGAAGUUUGCUGGAAGACUCGUCCAAGCACGGCAGCGAGGUCACGGCAUGCUGGAUAUCAGACAAGCUGUCUACUCCGACGACAGACACGACGAGUCUUCUCCGUUGUCCGGUAACAACCUCAGAACUCUUGGCGCCCUUCAUCCGAGACCGAAUGGUCAGGGAACCGGACUCUCUCCGAGACAGGACAACUUUAUGGGUGACUUUGACACCUCCGCUAUGAACUUCGACCAAGAGGCGUCUCCUGAUAGUAUCUCCAUGGCGUUUCCCCCGCUUCCGCUGGCAUUUCACGCUCAGAACUCCAGCAGGGGUCCGACGGCCAUGCCAUCGCCGGUGCCAGGGAACGUACAGCCUGACUUAGGCGGGUUUGAACAUUACGGUAUUGGAGAUGCGGGUCGCCACAAUGUCGUUCACAACCCAGCCGGGGAUUUUGAGGAUCUCAACGCCUACCUGGACUAUUCGUUUUUGCCCAAUCAGCGUGUUAGCAUGUUCUCAGGGGCAGCUGACAAGGAUUGA